AUGACGACGACAGCAGCGAGUGUUGAGUGGUGUUGCGCGUGCUGUCCAAGCAGUCGUCGUAGGAAUAGUAGCAGUAGGAGUAGUAGCAGCGAUAACAGAAGAAGAAACAACAGACGAGGAUCAUCAUCAAUCUCAUCAUCAUCAUCAUCAUCAUCAUCAUCAUCGUCGUCGUCAUCAACGACGUCAAAGACGAAUUCGAGAAAAAGUGAUAAAACUCCUCCUCCUCCUCCUUCUCCUUCUCCAAAUUCUCCGAAUUCUCAAACUCCGUUUGUAAAAGUGGACGCGAGAGUGUUCAUCGUCGGCGCGGGCGUUGGGACGGGUUCUAUACAAAACUUAACCAUCCGCGCGGCGAACAUCUUGAAAUCCGCGGAUGUGGUCAUUUACGACGAUUUAGGCGUCGAUAGCGAGGAAACUUUAUCUCUGUGCGGACAGAAGUGUAAGAAAAUAUACGUCGGUAAGAGAGGCGGGAGAGCGGAAAAGAACACGUCGCAAGCGGAGAUUAACAGUUUGUUGGUGGAGUUGUCGGCGAGCGGGAGAUAUAAACACGUCGUCCGGUUGAAAGGCGGAGACCCGACUAUAUUCGGUAGACUAGGAAACGAAAUAGAAGCGCUGAAGCGAGCAAAGAUAAAGUACGAGAUUGUCCCGGGAGUCUCGAGUUUAGUCGCAAGCGCAGCCGCGGUAGGAAUGCCGCUCACGGAAACCAUGCGAGGUGGGAAACACUUCGCGUGUAUUUCCGGCCACGACGCGAAAACAAACCCAGACGCGUUUAGAGAUUUAGCCGACGUAGAUACGGUCGUCGUAUUCAUGGGCGGAAAGAACAUCGCGAGCGUAGUGGACGCGCUUUUAAUGAACCCAACGUUUGGUAGCGAACAAGCAGCCGCGACGACGAAGAGUAGAGGUAGCAAAGCGACCGCGUCUUCCAAGAGAACGAAAAGCACGCCGUGCGCCGUGGUCAGAGACGUAGACGGCGCGAAAGAAAAACGAUGGUUAGGUACGCUCGGCGAUAUCGUCGAGAAAACCGAAGGCGAAAAGUUAAGUCCGUGCGUUUUCAUCGUCGGAGAGAUUUGCAAAUCCGCCACCUUGCACGAGCGUAACGUUUACUUGUGA